AAACCUCUCAUAUAAUUCAGAUUCACAGCGCUAACACCAUCAGCUUCCAAAUAUCUUCUUCCCGUCUUUCCUCACCGCUUCCCAUUUCCUUGGAUUUUUUAUGUUCCAUUUGUUGUCCUAAAAUCUCUCUUACCAAACAUCCAAACCCUAGCUUUGCUGCAAGUUUUUUUCGAUGGAGCUAAAUGGAGAUAUGACCAAGAAAAAAUAUGCUGGCAAACCUUCUUUCUUUCUUUGUUGAAUUAUUUUUUGGAAGCCAAAGAAAAAUCAGCAACAAGGUAACCGAUCUGUUUAGAAGUGAAGCUAAUUUCUUCAAAGUAGCUGCGGAAGAUUUGCAGAUCUGUUGUGUGGGUUUGGAUUCUAUAAAACAUAUGUUUCACUUCAACUAGUGAGGGAAACCAAAAGAAGAGAGAGAAAGAGAGGGAAACAUCUGUUGUGUUGUUUUUUCUAAGAACACAACUCCUCUAACACCAACCAACCAACGUUUUUCGAAGAUAAAUAGUGAUGCUGCUGCUGGUGUCUGCCAUUUUUAGGGUCAGCUGCAAAAAAUAAAAAACUUUUAAAUAACUCAAGGAAGAGGAAGGAGAGGGAAAAGGGUUGUCUUUAGAUCGGCAUCUAACAUACAGCAAGCAAUUAUUGCUUUCGUUUAGCUUAACUGUGAAGCAGAAAAAAAGAGGGUUCUUUCUCAGAUUCAAGACUGUAUCUGCCAUUUUUCAGGCUAUGCUUUUGAAAGCACUGAAGCUGUAAAAAGCUUAAACGAGAAGGAGGAAGGCAAGUCUCCUGACUUGGACCGUGAUAUAUCAAAGCCUAAAGGAAUGCUUUUAUCACUAUAUAUAACUAAACUACUGUCUGUAUAAUCGUCAUCAACAUAGGGCAUCUCAGCUCCACCUCUUGUUCCCUUAAACCACCAUCUUCCCCGUUUCACUUUCUAACAUUUCUACGGAUCGAGUCCCAGAUUUUCUCUCUAUUUACAUGUGAAACAACCAUUAAAAGAAAAAGGCAAGAAAGGGUUAGUUUCUCAGGGGGAGGUAUUGAGUUUGUGAGAAAGGAAUGAAAGUGGCAUGGAGGUGGAUGAGAUUCAGACACAAGCCUCAAAGUUGUCAAGAGUUGGUAAUGGUGGGAGAAAUGAGUCAAGCAAGAUAGAUCAGAGAGGCAGGGGCAACUACCCUGAUGAUAAAGAAGAUGGAGCGCUCAUCAAAAGGGCUAGUGCAAAUGGUGUAGCUGAUAUUAACGAUCUUCGAGGCUGGCACCAUUCCUCGAGGAUUAUUAGGGUUUCUCGAGCCUCGGGUGGCAAAGAUCGGCACAGCAAGGUUUGGACUUCAAAAGGAUUGAGAGACAGGAGGGUAAGGUUAUCUGUCACCACAGCUAUACAGUUUUAUGAUCUACAAGAUCGAUUGGGGUAUGAUCAGCCUAGUAAAGCCAUAGAGUGGCUAAUUAAAGCAGCUGCUGAUGCAAUUUCAGAGCUUCCUUCACUCAACACUUCAUUCCCUGAUUCUUCAAUGCAAUUAAGUGGUGAGAAAAGAACAAGUGGGGGAACUGAACAAGGUUUUGACUCAGCUGAUGUCGAGUUAAAUGAUGAACCAAAUAAUUACCAACAAAACCAAAGUCAGCAGCACCUUUCUUUGUCCAAAUCAGCUUGCAGUAGCACGUCUGAGACGAGUAAGAACUCGGGUUUAUCCCUUUCAAGGUCCGAGAUCCGUCUAAAGGCUCGGGAACGAGCAAGGGAAAGAGCAGCAAAAGAAAAGGAGAAAGAGCAAGAGCAAGAGUCUCGCAUUCCAGAUCAACAAAAUGUGAACCCCAUAUCUCAAAACUCUUCCUUCACCGAGUUACUCACCUGUGGCAUUGGCAGUGUUAACAACAAUGACACUAAUCCUACAGCUUCAGCUCAUCAAAACCCCAGGCAGUGGCCUGUCACUCAGAUGGAUUACUUCACAACGGGGCUCCUUGGACCUUCUUCCUCUAGAAACCAUUCUUCAGGUUUUCCUGGACAAAUCCAACUAGGAAACCCUUUGCCCCACCAACAAAUACUUAUGCCACAGUUCUCCGUGUCGGGUGAAAACAAUCAAGAGUUGCAGCAUUUUUCGUUUGUUCCCAAUACUGACCAUCUGAUCCCGGUGGCAACAACACAAGCUGUGGCAGGGGGUGAUUACAACCUCAACUUCACCAUCUCUUCCGGCCUUGCUGGUUACAAUAGGGGGACCCUUCAGUCCAAUUCUCCUUCCUUUUUGCCUCAUCACUUCCAGAGGCUUUCUUCUAUAGAAGGAUCGCCACCCUUCUACAGUGGCACACCACCAGUUGACCACCAUCAGUUCCCAGCUGGAUUAGAAGGCCGCUUGCAGCUCUGCUACGGGGAUGGAAGCAGGAACCCAGAUCAGAAAGGAAAAGGAAAGAACUAACCAGUUUACUGGAAAAGUUUCCUCUUGUCCCGUUUUUUUCCCUG